GCGUUUCGGCUAAACCGACCGCAGAUAAAGUCCAUAAAGCGAAAGGCAGGCCAGUCAGCCUGAGCCAGCAGUGCUACUCCACAUAAAUACCCACACCAGCCACAGUCGGAACCCUAGCUAGGGCCAUGGAGAAGGAACUGGUCGGUAGGUUGGAGGCCGCAGUCGCGCGCCUCGAGGCCCUUGUGGUGGCUGAAUCUCGCGCCGCGCCGCCGGGCCUCGUCGCCGACGAGCCCGACGCCGUGGAUCCGGCAAUCGCUGCAUUCGACGAGCUGGUCCAGAACUACCUCCGACGGCUUUCAGCCGCUGCUGAUAAGAUCGGGAGCAAGGUUCAGGAGACCACCAAGAUCCUGGCGGAGGCCUUCUCUGUGCUCAAGGAGCUCCUCGUCAAGGCCAAGCAGUGCCAGAAACCUGAUCUGGCUGGUUUACAAGAGUUCUUGAAGCCACUCAAUGAAGUGAUCCUUAAAGCAAGCGCCUUGGCAGAAGGAAAACGGACUGAGUUUUUCAACCAUUUGAAAACCUCUGCAGAUAGUCUUACAGCUUUGGCUUGGGUAGCUUACUUGGGAAAAGAUUUAGGCAUGAGUAUGCCAACUUCUCAUGUGGAAGAAAGUUGGCAGAUGGCUGAAUUCUAUAACAAUAAGAUUCUUGUGGAAUACAGGAAUAGAGAUGCAAACCAUGUAGAAUGGGCAAAAGCUUUGAAGGAGUUGUAUAUACCUGGAUUACGAGAUUAUGUAAAGAAAUUUUAUCCCCUAGGUAUUGUUUGGGGCUCUUCUGGUGCUGCAGUUCUUUCUUCAUCAGCAACCACUCCUGUGGCAAAAGGCCCUCCAGGAAGGGGCCCUCCUGCUCCUCCCCCUCCUCAUUCAACAGCACUUUUUGCCUCUGAAGCUGCAACAUCACAAUCAAAGGAGGGAAUGCCUGCUGUCUUCCAAGAGAUCAGCUCUGGCAGAUCCGUAACUUCAGGUCUGCGGAAAGUCACUGAUGAUUUGAAGACCAAAAAUCGAGCAGAUAGAGCUGGUGUCGUUGCUGCUACCGAAAAAGGUUCUCGUGCUAGUUCCUUCUCCUUCUGCAAAGAAGGGCCUCCAAAACUUGAGCUUCAAAUGGGUCGCAAGUGGGUUGUUGAGAAUCAGAUUGGAAAAAAGAAUCUGGUUAUUGAUGACUGUGAUUCCAGGCAAACUGUAUACAUUUAUGGGUGCAGAGAUUCAGUUUUACAAAUUAAAGGAAAAGUGAACAACAUUACAAUUGAUAAAUGCACCAAGAUGGGUACUGUAUUCAUGGAUGUUGUGGCUGCUUGUGAAAUUGUGAAUUGCAAUGCUGUUGAAGUGCAAUGCCAGGGUUCAGCUUCAGCACCAACAAUAUCGAUUGACAAUACAUCAGGUUGCCAAUUGUACCUGUGCAAACAUUCAUUGGGGGCUUCAAUAACCACUGCCAAAUCAAGUGAAAUUAAUGUACUUGUUCCAAGUGCUGGUCCUGACAGCGACUGGGUGGAACAUGCUUUACCGCAGCAGUUUGCCCACAGUUUCAAGAGCGGUCAGUUUGUGACAACGCCAGUAUCACACUCAGGUGGCUAGGCACGCUCCCCAUGUUUCCCGUCACAUAUAGAUACUCUGUGUGAUUAUUAUAGACCUGCGGAAAAUGCUGCAAUUGUUCUCUUUGUAAGAUGUGUAAUUUAGUUCCUAUUAAAAACCGUAUAUAUUCUGGUCAUCUUGGUUCAUUUGUUUCUUUCGAGUCGCAGAAAUUUAGCCAUUCAGGCAUCAUCUCUGCGUUGAAGGCGUGUUUGUAUUGAUAUUUGUAAGGGCGGGUUUUCCAAUUUGAAAGGGUGAGACGGUAAUUUUGUUCCAUGUAACAUUAAUAGGCCUUGUAUAAUAUCUUUGAAAUCAUUAUUAUCCAUUUAGGUUUCGUGACCUCA